ACGUUAGAGAGGAAGCAACCACCGGCAAACAGCAACCGCGCAACGAUGGGUUAAUAAAAAAGAUUUGUUAAAAUAAAGUUAUGUAGACACACAUAUAAACUGCUGCAGUGUCAUAAGCUUACUUUAUUUUGUCGUCAUGUCUUCCAGAAAGCGUAAAAGACUCUUCAAGGAUACAAAGUGUGUUUUCUUUCCGGAUGAUAUCGAGCAUGGCUUUCAAAAAGUCAGGAGAGAGCCAUCAUCACUUUCAUCUGUGUCCUCCGCCAAGAGCUGGGAGAAGUGUGGAGACAGUUUCCUGGACACUCCAGUGAUAAAGAACCUGAAGUCAUCAGGAAGGAAACUGUCUGCCCUAAGACAGUUGGCGCACCCCCCUGCUUCAGUGCAGACCGGUGCCGUUCCCUGUAAUGAGGACUCAGUGCACAUUGCCUGGAGCUCCAGUGACAGUGAACAGUCCAAUGAUGAGACCCAGGAGCUGCACCUGUCCAGAGUUGUGUCUCAGCAGCAGCAGCAUCCCCAGAGACCAGGGAGACCCACAGCUUCCAGUCAGUCUUACACCAGAGCGCUGUGCAUGCUCAGCACUGAUAAAGAUGACCUUCCUGUUAUUGAGACAGACAGUGAUGUGAAUGAGUCUGAGGAAGAUGUUGAAAAGGACAGUGGGCAACAAAUCUCUGACUGUGAGUCAGAGUCCUUUGAUAAAAAACAAGAAGUUUUACCUGUUGGAACUACAAAUGUGACAGAGCUAGACAUCUCAGGCUACGUUUCCGAUGGUGAGAAUAUUGGUCAUACACUGACCUCGAGCAGGCUGGACUCAGAGAGCUUUCCUCUCCAAACUGGUGAGGGCAGCAAAAGGUCAGUCAGUGACUGGGUCAGAUCUGCUCAGGCGAUGCUGCAGACACCUCAGAAAUCAUUCGACAGGCAGUCCAAGACCCCAGAAGACUCCGCCAAAAAGAAACGGAAGUUUCAGAGGGGAGGUCUUGCUGAGAGGCUGAAUCGACUCCAGUGCAGACAGAGGUCAGCUGUUAGCUUCUGGAGGCACCAGUCAAUCUCUGACACCUCGACAACAACAGUGGACAGGCCUGGCGUACUGGUGCUUGAGGUGCUGGAGGUUCAGGAGGAGUACAGCAUGCAACUGGUGCACUGUGAGCCUCACCAGCCCCCCGGAGAGAGCCACCAACACAAUAAUCCUGCCUCUGAGGAGAGAGCUUGUAUGCUGGUGUUACUCAACAGAGAGACUGCAGCCCAGCUGAUCCCUGCACCUGGAGAUAUCAUUCACAUAUAUCCGCCAUGGCAAAGUCUCUCCGUAGAAGGUUUCACCUGUGGCAUCGUUCUGAACACACACUUCAGCCAGAAAGUCUACUCUGCUUCCAAACCAGCCAACAUGUCUACUCCUAGAGGCUGGCUCUCUGCCGAGAGGUGCAGUCCAUAUUCUCUGUGUAAAACAUUUGGACUGCUAGAGGUAUGUGGGACCACAGAGGAGCACAAUGCCAAACAGGUUGUUGACUCUGAUGCUCUGUGCAGUUUUGGGGGUUCAGGAGUUUUGACAAGACACUGCCUGUCUCUCCUGGAAGCUAUUGAGGGGCUGGGCCAGGCUGGCUCUGUGGGACAGGACGUGGAGGUGGUGGUCCAGAGAGUUUACUCCAUCCCUGUGCCUGACUGCUCCAUCCUUAAGCCCAGAGUUCUCUCCAGGUCUUCCUCAGCUCCUCCUUCUCCUCCUCCUCCUGCAGAAAAAGGCAAAACCAGGCUGUGUGUGCUCGUCCAGGACAGCUAUGGGACGUUCAGCGUGGUGCAACUCCACCUCCUGCCCUGCAAGGACGACCUCCACCAGUACUGCCACAUGUGGCAGGGGAGGACCUGUGUGCUGAGAGGCAUUAAAGUGGUGCAGCGGGUCACUCGAGAAAGGCGCACCAGGCUUUUCAGCUUGCUAGACAGCCUGUGGCCCCCAGUGAUGCCUCUUAAAGAUCAUGGAAACACACCCAGUGUGUCCAGUGAAAAGAGACCUGCAGGUCCAGCUCCGAGUUUUUGCUACCUUCUGUCUGGUCAGGAGAGCUCGGUUGAACCCGCCGAGGGGCAGACCUCACUGUCCUCGCUUUACCUUCCACCCGGAAAACAAACCUUACGAGACAUACUGCAGAGUGAUCUUAAAAUCUGUCGCUGCAGUUUUGUUGCCACUGUUAUAUACAAGAGAAUAAUGCAGAGCAGUGAUGUAGGCCAGGGGGAGGUUUGGUUGGUGCUGACAGACCCCAGUCUUCAGGAGGAGCGUCCCGAGAGGUCGUGCAGGCGAACAGCGGCCCUGUGUGUGAGCACUUCCUGUGUGCUCACUUCCUCUGUCCUCGCAGCACUAAAUUCCCCCGCUGCUUGUCGCAUGUCAUUCAGAGAUGCCAUCACAGAACAUGGUGUUCUUCUAUGUGUGGAGCAGUCAGUUGUUCAGAUGUGCUCUGCGGGUCCUGAAGACAAUCUUGAGUCCUCACCAGAGCCACUUUCACUGUCACAGUCUGAGCCCCAGGCAAAGACCCUGCCCCAACCUGUGAGACUGGAUCCCCUGAGUCUUGAGAUCACACCCAACUCCCUCUGCUCUCUGACAGGAGUGAUAGUUGGUGUGGAUGAGAACACUGCGUAUUCAUGGCCUGCCUGCAACCACUGUGGAAGCGGCAAAUUAGAGAUGUUAGCUGGAAGGCCUGAAAACUUCCACUGUCUUUCUUGUAAGUCAGUGGUGGACAAGCCGGACACAAGGAUUCAACUGGAAGUGUUCCUGAGUUCUUCAUUACAUAAUUGCACUUUGAAGGUUAAGGCGAUGGAAAAAAGACAUUCAUGGCCCUGCACCUUUUUAUCAUUCCGACAGCUGCAACAAAAGACCAUCAUGUCGAUCCUAAACACUGCAGCGCUGGAGGGUGAUGAGUUCCCAGGUUACGAUAUGGAGAAUGUCCUGGGAAAAGAGGUGGGCCCCCUCACCGUUUACGUCCGAGUCGUCACCAGGAAACCUGCCCUCUGGAUCGGCCUGGAAGAAAUCUGCCUCUGAGGCUGUCAGGGCAAGUAGCUAAUGAUAUCAAUCCUCAGGCUUCAGCUGGCUCCAAGGAUCUGCACACUAGGCCUUGGUCUGAGCCAGUUUAGCCUCCUCUCCCCCCCCUCUGAAGGCCUCCCUGACAGCUUGAGGCUGUGCUGAAGUGAACAGGCUGCAAGAAGACAAGGUCUUGUUUGUGUUAAUGAUAUGUGAUCCUGUGGACCAGCAGUUGACAGCCCAAGGGUAGACCAGUGGCAUGCAGUCUGUCAAAGCAGUCCACGUGGUUCAUCAAAUGGGAUGUGACUUUCUGAAAAGCACUCUUGGCUGUAAACAUAUUUUUUAAGUGGCCUUAAACACUUUUUCCAAAUGAACUACCUCUGUAUUUACUGAAACUAUUAUAUCAUCAAUAAAAGUUGUACUUUUGC